AUUUAAAAUAUCACAAUUUUCACUCAAAUUCAAGACCAAUUACUACACCCUCACUAUAUAUACACACUCCCUCUCUGUUCUUCCUUCAUCUUCACAACAACAACCCAAAACAGAGGAAACAGAACACAUCAUUUCACAAGUUGCUGCCAUGGAAGUUCCAAAACAAGAAGCUCGAGUGGCACCGGCGCCUCCCAUCGUGGCCAUGAUGCCAUCACCUGGCAUGGGGCAUCUAAUCCCGAUGAUCGAGUUCGCCAAGCGAGUCGUCCGCUACCACAACCUCUCCGUCGCCUUCGUCAUCCCCACCGACGGUCCACCUUCCAAGGCCCAAAUCGCCGUCCUCCAGGCCCUUCCCGACUCCAUCUCCCACACCUUCCUCCCUCAGGUCAAUCUCUCCGACCUCCCGCAUGACGCCAAGAUCGAAACCCUCAUGUCCUACGUCGUCCUCCGCUCCCUCCCCUCCCUCCGCCAGGCCUUCCAUUCUCUCUCCUCCACCCACACACUCGCAGCCCUCGUCGUCGACCUCUUCACCACCGACGCCUUCGACGUUGCCGCCGAAUUCAACGCCUCCCCCUACGUCUUCUUCCCAUCCACCGCCACUGCCCUCUCCCUCUUCUUCCACCUCCCAACCCUCGACCAGGAGGUCCACUGCGAGUACCGGGACCUCCCCGAGCCCGUCAAAAUCCCCGGCUGCAUUCCGCUUCACGGCAGGGAAUUACUCGACCCCGUUCAGGACCGCAAGGACGAGGCCUACAAGUGGGUCCUACACCACGCCAAGAGGUAUAGAGAAGCCGAGGGAAUAAUCGAGAACAGCUUCUCAGAGCUUGAACCGGGCGCUUGGAGCGAGUUGCAGAAGGAACAACCCGGGAGGCCUCCGGUUUACGCGGUCGGGCCUUUAGUCAGAAUGGAGACCGCUCCUGCGGAGUCGGAGUGUUUAAGGUGGUUAGACGAGCAGCCGAGUGGGAGCGUGUUGUUCGUGUCGUUCGGAAGCGGUGGGACCCUCUCCACUGCUCAGAUCAACGAGCUUGCCCACGGGCUGGAAGCGAGUGAGCAACGGUUUCUGUGGGUGGUGAAGAGCCCAAACGACAAAAUCGCCAACGCUGCUUAUUUCAACGCGGAGAGUGCGGCGGAUCCGUCUCACUUCUUACCCGAAGGUUUUGUAGAGAGAACGAAAGGCAGGGGCUUUGUGGUUCCCUCUUGGGCUCCUCAGCCUCAGGUUCUGGCCCAUCCCUCCACCGCCGGAUUCUUGACCCAUUGCGGGUGGAACUCCAUUCUGGAGAGCGUGGUGAGCGGCGUGCCCUUCAUCGCAUGGCCUCUCUUCGCGGAGCAGAGGAUGAACGCCUUCAUGCUGACCCACGACGUGAAAGUGGCGCUGAGGCCACAGGUUGGCGAUAAUGGGUUGGUGGAGAGACAGGAAAUAAGUAGCGUUGUGAAGUCCCUGAUGGAAGGUGAAGAGGGGAAGAAGCUGCGUUACCGAAUGAAGGAUCUGAAGGACGCUGCCGCCAUGGCUCUCGCUGAAAACGGUUCCUCAACCAACCAUAUCUCCCAUUUGGCACUCCUCUGGGCCAACAAAACUGCCGUAACACCACCACCUCUGUAAUAAUAUCUGCACUUAACUUAUUUUUAUUUUUAAUUAUAAAUAUGCUUGUAUUUUUUUAGUUGGAUAAAACGGCAGAGAUAAAUAAAUAAAUAAUUGGGUACAUGUGAAGUGUAAAAGUUAUAAUAAAAUUGAAUUUCACGUGGCGCUUCACAUCCCGAUGAUAACGACCAGGGGUGCUGGCCAAAAGGAGCAGGGUCCCAGUGGACACAAAAUUGGUAGCUCCACCGUGAGGAGUCACAAUAUAUCCAAAACUGGACGUGGCUAGCAUUAGACAUUGGAACUUUGAAGGAGUGUCUUGUGACAUCCCAGAAUGAUUGUAGUAAGGAAAUUCAUUAUGGUUUUACCUCAUUCAACCACUUUUUUU